CCUCUAUUUCUCUCUUUCGCCUGUAUUUUGUCUGCCCCCGUUGUCUGCGCCCCCCGCCCCUGCAGAUGGCUGCACUGACUUGGGGGGGGCACAAGUCUCCUUUGUUCGUCCCCCACCCCGGAAAACAGUUUUCGGAGAAGGCCACUCAGGACAGUGAGGAUUCACCUGGGGUAUUAGAGGGGCCCCCCCUCCCGUCGGAGGGGUGGGCCUGGGUAAGGCUCGGGUAUUUAUCUGGGCCUAUGGAGAUCUAAACAGUUGUGCUGCGGGCGGGGAGAUUUCAGGGUGCUAGGGUUCAGGGGUGAUGGGGUUAACCGCACUAUCCUGAGGUGUCCUUAUAUAGUACUUUUAUCAAUUGAUUUUCUGUCCCUUCCUGGCUAGGGUCCUACAGGCCCCCCCCCCAACCCCGUCCUUCACCCCCUAGAUCCUCAUGAGACAGACGGAUGCAGAGAAAGGGAAGCAGCAGUGACUGACCCUAGUUGUCCAGUUUUCUAGUCUGGCCACGGGAUAAACCCAGCCCCAAACGCCAGCCCCUUCCUUCCCUCCUUACUUUCGAUUUUCUUUCCCUUCUUCCUCUCCUACUCUGGUGCUCAAACAGAAGCACAGGAGGGGCCACCGUUGGCAACCCUCAGCCUCCGUGUAGGCCAGAUUCCCUGUAAACGUGGUCCUUAGCGCAGGAAAGCACUGGUGUGUAUAUCUAAUAAUAGCCAGGGCGGCUGAGAAUAGAAUCUGGCUCCAGGACUCUGCAUGCCCAGGACUAAGUCUGGGCAGAGGCAGUGAAUCUGUGGGCAGGUCCUGGCAACACUCCCUGGAGCCCAGGGCCCCCAGCGUUCCCCUCUGAGUCUACUCUUCUUCGGGCACCUCAGGCCUGACACUUACAGGCUUCGUCAGCCCCUGCCACGGACUGUAUUCCAUGCGCCAGUUCCUAGCUAAGGAGAAAUGGACAGAGCAAACCCUUUCUCUCCCUGGUCUGACAGUUGUCAUCCCUACGAAGAAUGCACCCUUGUUUGGAGAAGGCGGCCUUGUUGGGUUGGCUGUUGUGUUCCAAAAUCAGGCUUCGUAGCUUUAUACACUUAUUAUAUAUGGUCUCAGAUGUACAGACUGCGACUUAUGCAUGAAUAUAUACAGACUCAUAUUUCCUCGGUGGUUAAUUGUAUAUUACCAUGCUUAUACUCGCUCAAACACCGUUUUAUGUGCAUGCAAAAUUUUGUUAGAUGGAAUUGGGCUCAAGGAGGCACUGGGUGCACCGAGAAGCCCUCUGUGCCUGCUCUCCUGGAAAUGUGUGCGUGCUGGAAUCGGAGUAUGCGGGUUCUGGUAACCGACUGAUGCCACAAAGGCUUUCUCAGACCUUAUUGCCUUCACUGACCAAGCAGCUGGGCUGGGGAAAUAUUGAAUCUCUUCUGCGUUCUCUCCACACCUCCCCCCAAACUUGCCCAACUCAGAGGCUGUUUACCUGGGGAGCACUGUGGUGUUGAAAGUGAGUUUUGUGGGAAACUCUUUUUGUGGGUAAGGUGGACCUUUGAGCAGUUCUGAGCAGUUGGCUAGGCCCUGGUGCUUGCAGCCUCGCUGGGACGCUGAAGGAGAUCUAAGUGGUUAAUAAGGUGGCCUCUGGGCAGUGGUCUGAGGCAGCUGUUUGAAGAGGCUGGUGAAGGCAAGACAGAAUGCGUAGGGGUGCGGUGAACAUCUAACCCCCUGCUCUCACCCCUGCUCACCGGACCCCAGAUUUGCUUGCGUCGUCGUCUGUGGGGCAGAUUAGGGGCUCUCUAAGUGCCCCCAAAUACCCAGAUCCGGUUCCUGGUGGGACUUCGUUUUAAUUCUCUCUGCUGCCGAAGAAGCUGGGGAGAAGGCUGACAGGGCAGUGCCGGAGAAGAAGCUGGGUCUAGCUGCCUGUGGGCCUGGAGCACUGAAUGUGGGCCGCGCUGGGAAUGACCAGCCUCCCUUCCUAGCCUGUCUCCCUUCCGGGGCCACGAAAAGACACAGGAGGGGAGAAUAUAAAUGUCCCUGAAACGCUCCUGCAGGAAAGUAAGGACAGGACAGGGGCUAGUGGGGUUUUCCUCCACUCCCUAGGCAAUCAGGUUCCUCCCAAGACUUUUCCUGUCCAGACAGGCUGGCCGAGAGAUACAGCUGUCUUCCAGCUUCUCCUGCCAGCCUGGGCGGGGGGUGGCCUCGGGCUUUUGGACCUCGGCCAUGCCUGGGUGCUGGGGUGACAUUACCCCCAAAUUGUGCCCCUCACCCGGCCCACGGCCUCUGCCACUGCGGCCGCCCCUGUUUAUUGUGUCUGUGAGUUGUUUACUUGUUUUGUCUGCUGCCACCCUGCGUCAGAAACCCGCCAAACCAGCAAACUCACCCAGGAGAACAAAGUGCGGCGCUAUCCUGUGCUCCCUCCCCUUUCCGGCACCCCGCUCCCGCCAUUACCUCCUCCCUCACGCUCCCUUUCCCAGGGGAGGAAGCAGAACUCGUCCUAAAAUAGGGCAGCUGUUUAUAGGGUUGGGGGAAUUAUGGGGACACCAUAAACCUCCGGGUGUCCUGGUGGUAGAGAGACUUAGAGCUGCCCUCCCCUUGCCUCCGGCUUUUCUUCCUUCCCCCUGGCAACUGCUUGCUUCAGGGGGCCACAGUCAUUGAGAAAGCUGAGUCCCCCUCACCCCACUCCACUCCGUUCUGCAGGAGUUUUCCCUGAGACACAGGUUGUUGGGUUUUAAAUCAGGGUCAUGUUGGCAGAUUCAUAAAACUAGAUAAAGCAUGUCGUUCUCCCCUCACCCUCCCUUCUCCUCAGCCCCCCAAAAUAGCAGUGAAUUUAAGCAAAUCCUACAAAAUUAAAUUGCCCCUUCGCUAAAGAUCCUAUAAAUCUCCAAUCCCGCCAGGUGUAGAGUCGGAGAGGCCGCUGUUCGCCUCUAAUUUUGCUCCUGGCUCUCAAAUCUAAAAGAGUAUCAUCGAAGUAAUAUUCUCGUUUCUGAAAUUAAUUCCCCCCUCCCUCUCUGUCUCUUUUCGCCAGCGCAGACUAAAUGGUUCUCUCAGAUCUGCAAACGAUACAGGAUAAAAUUACUUAUAGGGAAAUGAGGACGAUGUUUCAUUGUUGGCUUAUUGUUCCAGAACAUAAUAACAUUUUAUUUUCAAGGGGGAGAACUUAGGCCCGAAAAAAAGGGGAAAAGGAAAAAAAGUGAGGAGAGUCAGGGCACCCCCACACAAAACUCCUACUGUAUAUAACUUAACGUGACAUUUACAAUUUCCUCAUGACAACUCACUGUGACGUCAUAAAUGCCGUGCUCCUGGAUUUUACAAUUCUCAUAAACCUCCAAAGUGGGUUCGAGCAGUGCUUAGUGGGGAGGGGUUUCAGAAAAGCCAGGAAGUUGGGCAUCCUUUGGCCCCAUUCUGGGGGCCAAAAUAUUCUAAAUAUUCUAGAUUUUCAAUUUUCCUCCUGGGCCAUCCAGGGCCGCUUGCUUUUCCUCCCUGAAAUGUCACUCAGCAUCUGAGUUCCCUCCCCAUUCCCAGUGGGAUUAGAGAUACUCUGUCCGAAGGCGCUCUCGCGUGCUGUCUCCUCAGCUGAUAUUCAGCUGCUUGGGACAGAGGUGGGACGCUUAGCCAGAAAUGAUUUCUUCCAAAGAUGAGCCAAAGGGGCUCAGGACUGAGUGGGGUGGGACAGAGAUGCUGGGGAUCUAUUUUACUUUUUAACCUUCAGUUAGUGAAGUGAAUUGAGAAGCUAAACAAACGCCAUUGUGGGAGUUUGUGUCCGCCGAUGGUAGCAGCGUGAACUGGAGUGCUGGUAAAGAAAGGUCAGGCAGAAUUCUGGAAAGAGAGACGGAGGAGAGACAAUAUGAGGGCUUUAGCAGAGUCUCUCAGCACCGUUCUCCUCUGUUUAAUUGCAAAUAAAGCAAAAGCAGCUUGGGCAGCCUCUCAGCCUCUCAGCUCCAAAGAGAAUUUGCCAGCCCAGGCCUCAGAGGCGUUUGGGGGCAGUUCUCAGGCGCUUGACAUACCCCAUCUGGCCUCAUCCUCCUUCCCCCCUCCCUGCUGACCCCCAACUCCAUUCAGCUGGCCAGCCUGGGCCCUGUCCCCAGAAUGUAAGCACCCCCAAAUGGGAUCCAUUUCCGGGUUGGAUGUGUCAGAUUUCACCUUUCUCCAAGUGUCUCCAUGCCUUAGCUUUGAAAGGAGGAGGAACAUUCUGUUUUGGAAUGCAAUGUGUGUAUGAGGAGGUAUGUGCUCAGACGACUUCCCCCUCCGUAUCUUUGAGAAAGUGGAGGCUCCUUGGGAGAGCCAUGCUUUGGUGUCCCCAAGCAGACCCCGCUCCCCGCAUUCAGGUUCUCUGGCGGACUUGGAGACUCUCUUUGCAAUCCUUUUACUCCGGAUUCUAUGGAGAUCAAAGGAACUCCUACACAAAACCCUGGGCAUUUGGAGUAGGAUUUAGUUUCUGAUUUUUAAGUUAAAAAACGCUGAUUAUAAGCCAGUCGGGCCAACCCAGCAAUCGCUCUAGAACAGCAAAGCCUUAACCAAACAGUGCGAUUGUAAGGUGAGCUGAACAAUUAUUGAAACUGCAAGAGGAAUUUCAGCCCUUGCCCAGUGGCACAAAAGGGCCUGGUGGGGCCACCGCUCCUCCCCUGCUCACAAAAUUGAGAACUGGCAGGGCUGAGUGGGGCAGCUGCAGUGGCUUCCAGGCAGCCCAGCGCCCAGGCUGAGUGCUGAGUCCUGCCGCUCCGGGUGUCCAGGUCCUUGAGCAGCCUCCGGAGGCACCGAGCUGGAGGUGGUGGCGCCGGCAGCCAGGAAUGGAGUGUGUGUAUCUGUGUGCAAGGCUGGGUGAGUCACAGACAUCCGCGCAGAGUUGGGGGAUCUAGGAAAAGAGAGAAGACUGGCAGAACACAAACUAGCCAGGACCUCUGGAAAAGAUUGCCCCCCAAUAAAUAUUCCAGAUCGCAUCCCUCUCACUUCAGAUACCCUUCCCCAAGAAAUUAAUAUAUUUCCUGAGCAGAGUGGAAAGCAAAGGCAGGCAGGGUGAGGCCUGCCCAGAACCCCUUCCCAGCCAGAGUCCAGUCAUACCCACCCUCUCCCCAGUUCAGAGCUACACAGGCCCCCAGCCCCUGGCCUGGAGCAGGUUAAGGCUGGAGUAGGAGCCCUUGACUCCUUCUGAGAAACCUUCAAGUGCCCAGCCUCCCAAGCACCCCUUAGCCUUGGGGACUCCGGGCCAGUGACUGCCCCCCACGCAGGCCCAUGGCGCCUGGAGUAAGUUCCUCUCCUAUAAUUAGCGCUCAUGAGAAGCAUGUGUUUUUCGACUGGGGAGAUGGGGGGACUGGAGCAGCGAGCGGCAACUUUCCCCCUUUAUUCCUUUUCUGUGUUUUUUGAAUUCUGUUUUCGAAUCCACUAAUUACAGCUCCGAAAGCGAAAAUCUGCUCUGGCCGCCAAACCCCUCGGAAUGCCUGAUUCCGGAGGCCCAAGGGGCAGAGCUACUCGGAGACCUGCGGGCCUGAUGGGGGUGUUCUCUGAUUGCUCUAGGCUUGUUUUAUAGAAACAAAGAACAAGUCCCCCCCCCUUCCCAGGACUUGUGCGUAUUUACAGAGCUCAACUGCAGUUUUAAUAAAACAUCUGUUCUUGCUUCUGCUGAUGAGUUUCCAUAAUUGUUUUCAGACAAAUUUAACAGGAAAAUAUAAAUAUAUUUAGAAAAACCCAAGUCCCAGCUAUCCCCCCCGUAGACACUCGUUCUUGAGCCAAAAAAUAAAAUUAACAUACGAUGAGAAAAGGAAAAUAUAAUCCAAUGGAGGGAAGAUCGGGCUCAUCUGACCUGCGCUCCCCCCUUGGAGCGAAUCCUUCCAGCAAAUUUCAGCUGCAUAAUUAAAGAUCUGACUGAAAGAAGGAGGCUUCUUUUUUUCAGGGAUGAAAGGUGAUGGGGGAGCGUAUGUUGGAAAUUAAUUUUGCCGAAAAUCUUUAAGCAGUGGGGGGAAUUUAUUUGUAUUUCUGCUUCCCCUCCUCUCCCCCUUCCAGCAUUUCUGCCUUUUUCCCCCAGCAGCUGGUUUCUGUUCAUUAUAAAUCGGCGAGACCUUUCAGUCUCUGCCCUCUGUUUAGGGACGUAAUAAAACACUUAACUUUCCGGGGCUGAGACUUACAUUCUGCUCCUCAGGUCGCCCACCCCGGCGCCCACUACUUUCAGGCCCCAAAGGAGACUAUCCCCAACUUUGGGGCCCCUUUCCCCUCCAGACUUUGUUGAGGAGGGGCUCAAGGAAAUCCAGGCAUCCUUGCUGGGGGGCUGCAGCACAUGCUUCCCCAGAAGCCCCUUCUUUCUCCCAAGGUCCUUCCUUCCCCCACCCCCCAUAAAAGAGAUUCAAAAAUACAUAGAAAAUCAACACUCAUUGAAAGUGAAACCUCAUUAAGACAUCCUAUCUUCCAUCAUUCAAUUUGUUGUACAUUGCAACAAUUUAAUAUCUUGAAGGAAAUAUCACUGACAUGAUUUAUCCCUCUAGCAAUCUCUCUGAAAUGGGGGGGGUAUGGAGGGAAUUUACUUUCUCUUCCGGCCUGUUGUACGUGUUACGCGGCUACCCUUAGGGCAGAAAUGAGGCUGGGAACUCUGAGAGUGGCUACAUGUGUCCAGGGGUGCGCUGACUUGUUUCUUAGCUCAGCCCCCUGGGUCUCCCCCCCUCCCCCUGGUUCUUUCUCGCUCUACCUCUUGCCCUCCAGGGGGCCUGGAGCCCCAGCCAGCUGUUGAAAACCUCUGUCCAGGCACGCCAUGAAUUGGAGGACAGCUGGAUUCUAGAGCAAAAAGCAAGUCACCCUGGUGUCUAUGUUUAUGUACCUGCCAUGUCACCCCCAAACGAGACAACUCAUUUCCAAAUUUCUUUCUUAAUUUGGGACCCUCCUCUACCCUUAUACUUUCAUCUCCUUGAGCAGAAGCAAGUAUGGUCCAAGAGGGGGAACCUUUAUAAUGAUAGGGGUCUUUCCCCCACCCUUUUAAAUACCAACAAAUUUCCCUCCUUUCUGAAGGAUUGGGGCUGUAUUUUUAAAAGCCAACACAAAUUGUCCGGCAGGAAGACUCUUCAAUCCCUUAACGAGGUUCAUGUAUUAGCUAACAUGUUGUCUCCACCAGCUCCUACACACUGUCUGCUUUUGGGUUCGAAACUUUAUUUUUCCCCCCUAGCGACACUCCAGGGAAACCUUAAUGUUACAGAAGAUGAAUAAACGAGUUUUUUCCCAGCGUAGUCCCGUUUAUGGCUUUAUUGCUACCCAUUGAUUACUCCGCUUUGUUACACAGAAGGAAAAGAUCAUAAAAUCCAGCGACAUCCGGGUUCUUGUUAUAGCCAGCCCCCCCAAAAAAAUGGUGAAGAGAAAAUAUGAGCUUCCACUGCUCCCUUCCCUAGCCCCACCGCCCCUUCUUUGUCAGCUCAAAGCAUUUUCAGCCUAUGUCACGAUAUCAAAUUAAGUUUGGAUUAAUCAGGAGAAAACCCCAUCUGCACACCUUCCGCAGUUUCAGUUUGCCCAUUGUGACUCCCUCAGAAGCUUCGAACUUAGCUGCCUUUUCCUAACCUUCUCUUCCUUUUUCUCAGCCCCAAGGUGGAGAGAAAAUGGGGGUAGGGGCUGCUGAGAGGCCCGGCUCUGCCAGGUGUGGCUGGCCCUUGAGUGAGAGCUCCCCAGGAGCCCUUUGCUGGAAUCUCCCAAGCCCCAGAGCUCAGGUCCAGGGGUGCCUCCCUUGGCGGGGCAGUGUUCCGAGGGGGCUGGGGGCUUCUGACUUGUGCAGGGGCUUCAGCCUGCAAGACGCUAAGUGUCCUUCAGAGCCCCACCAGCCUUCUCUUUCUGCCUGGAUCCUAUGUGAAUUACCCCACCGGCCCUUGCUGGCUUCAAAUCAUAAAUUCUCACCAACAUAAACAGGAGUUGAUGUGUCUAGAAAGACUCUCAGAGUUCUUUCUUCUUCCUCUCUUUCUUCCUUUCUCUCUCUCUCCCACAUUUUACUUCUUCCUCUCUCUUUUCUCUUGUGUUUUUACACAUUUUCCCUUUUAGGCAAAAGUGCUGCAAGAGUUUCCCCCCAAAAGGGUGUUCUGAGAGGCAGAAGGGGGUAAGGGGAAGAGGAAGCAAAUGCAUGGCCCCUUCGCCUCUAUCCUGAAAUCUCUCCCCGAGCCCUUAGACCCCCUGGCUCCCUCCACCUCCUUCCACCUGACUAUCAGCUACGCCCUCACUCCUCUGAGCACCAUGCUCUAUGCAGUUCAUUCUACUUUUGAUUUUUUUAAUUAUUGGGGAAAAAAUACUGGUGUAGUGAGGAGGACUCACUCCAUGGAGGGUCAAACUAGGAUUUCCUGUAGGAUUUCUGGGGAUUCCCCCCUGAGCUGGGAAGGGGCUCUUCCCAUAAAGAAAUCAGGAUGUAAUUUUAGAAGGGGAAAGAUAUAAAAGAUGAAAUCAGAUUGAAAAAUAGGGGGAUUUCUCCAGACCUGGCUCUGGCCUCAGCACAGCAAAGUUAGCUGGGGCUGAGAGAUUUCCUAGCAGUGCAGCUCUUCUUCCUGGGCCCCAAGGCCCUGUUAAUGCAUAUGCACCCUUCUUCACCUCCAAAUCAGUUCCCCAACAUAUAUAUUUUUAAAAGAAAUCCAAGUCUUACUUUCAAAGCACACACUUAGUCUCAACUAGGGAAUCAACAGAAGCAGAAGCGAUUUUUUUCCCCCUUCUUGACAUCUGGCUUGCGAUUGGCUGGAAGGGGGUCAGCUGACUUUGUCAUUUUGUCUGUCCUGGAUUGGAGCCGUCCCUAUAACCAUCUAGUUCCGAGUACAAACUGGAGACAGAAAUAAAUAUUAAAGAAAUCAUAGCCCGACCAGGUAAAGGCAAAGGGAUGAAUUCCUACUUCACUAACCCUUCCUUAUCCUGCCACCUCGCCGGGGGCCAGGACGUCCUCCCCAACGUCGCCCUCAAUUCCACCGCCUAUGAUCCAGUGAGGCAUUUCUCGACCUAUGGAGCAGCCGUUGCCCAGAACCGGAUCUACUCGACUCCCUUUUAUUCGCCACAGGAGAAUGUCGUGUUCAGUUCCAGCCGGGGGCCGUAUGACUAUGGAUCUAAUUCCUUUUACCAGGAGAAAGACAUGCUCUCAAACUGCAGACAAAACACCUUAGGACAUAACACACAGACCUCAAUCGCUCAGGAUUUUAGUUCUGAGCAGGGCAGGACUGCGCCCCAGGACCAGAAAGCCAGCAUCCAGAUUUACCCUUGGAUGCAGCGAAUGAAUUCGCACAGUGUGUGUUUUGUGCCCGGAUCUCUAGGGGUCGGCUAUGGAGCGGACCGGAGGCGCGGUCGCCAGAUCUACUCGCGGUACCAGACCCUGGAACUGGAGAAGGAAUUUCACUUCAACCGCUAUCUAACGCGGCGCCGGCGCAUCGAGAUCGCCAACGCGCUCUGCCUGACCGAGCGACAGAUCAAAAUCUGGUUCCAGAACCGCCGGAUGAAGUGGAAAAAAGAAUCUAAUCUCACGUCCACGCUCUCAGGGGGCGGCGGAGGGGCCGCGGCCGACAGCCUGGGCGGAAAAGAGGAAAAGCGGGAAGAGACAGAAGAGGAGAAGCAGAAAGAGUGACCAGGACUGUCCCUGCCACCCCUCUCUCUCCUUCUCCCUUGCUACCCCCCCAAUUCCCUCCUAAUCACACACUCUAUAUUUAUCACUGGCACAACUGAUGCGUUCUGACUCCCUAAAACAAAAUUAGGGAGUCAAAUAUGGACCCGAAAGUCAACUCUGGACCCCCUCCCUCACCGCACAAACUCUCUUUUACCACGCGCCUCCUCCUCCUUGCUCCCUCGCUAGCUCAUUCUCGGCUCGUCUGCAGGCCCCUUCCCCCGCCCAGGCCUUGGGGCUCCGUCCCUGAACCUCGCUUCAGACUCUACAGAUCUCCCUCCAAAUGAGGGCUUGGCCUGCCACCCCCUCGGCGCCUCCACCCCCGCCCCUGCGCAGAGGGCCGGCUCCCGGGCCGGGGCCUCCGCUCCGGGGCCUCAGGGCCCGGCCUGGCAGCCGCGGAGGGCGGGAGGCCCAAGGAGGGCGCGUCGUGGCCCCAGAGCAACCCCCAGGGCCUCCCCGCAGCCCCUGCCCGGCCCCUCUGCCCCAGCAAAUGCCCAGCCCAGGCAAAUUGUAUUUAAAGAAUCCUGGGGGUCAUUAUGGCAUAUUACAAACUGUGACCGUUUCUGUGUGAAUAUUUUUAGCUGUAUUUGUGGUCUCUGUAUUUAUAUUUAUGUUUAGCACCGUCCGUGUUCCACUCCCGUCUUAAAAGGGGAAAAAAAAAGAGGGAAAAUUACAAAAAGAGGAAAAAAAAGUGAAUGACGUUUGUUUAGCCAGUAGGAGAAAAAAAUAAAUUAAAAAAAAAAUCCCCUCGUGUUACCCUCCUGUAUAAAUCCGACCUCUGGAUCCGUUCUCGAAUAUUUAAUAAAACUGAUAUUA